AAUACCUUUCCUCGUGUGAACGCGAGACUGCUGUAUCCAUCACUGCCACCCCAGUGUGUGUGCGCGUGUGUGUGCGCGAGCGCGCGCGUCAUGCGAGCGUCUCUACCGGUCGCACGUUCACAUUCGCGCCGGUCCUCUACCGGAGACACAGGGCAGGUAAAUGGAUCCAUCGCAGCCCGUUCAGAGCUGCCCGAUGCCAGAAGAACCCACUGGAGUACUAGGUCUCCACAAACCACCUGUUCAAAUCCUGCUAAAAAACCCUUGCAACUUGCCCAGCCAGAUGACCGGAGACCCUGCAGCGAUCGGACAUGCCCCGGCAUUCCAGCCAACCCCAACUAGUCAGGAAAGAGUAAAAUCGGGCUUGAGCUCGCAAGCAUCCGCUAGUUCCAUCAGCAUCAGUCGUCCCAGACCAACAGCACUAUCAAACAAGACAGCGAUCAAAGUCUCUAGGCCCCCUGAGCCUUCAUUGCAAGUUAAAGCUACGGGGACACCAACCUUAAUGUCAAACUCCCCAACAGAGCCAUCGUUGCCUUCCUGCAGCCCUACGUCCCAGCUUCAACUCAACCCCCCGACGCUUUCGAGUCCUCCGGCACUGCCAGUCCGUGCCAACACGCAAAAUAACCUAAUCGCUAGACCGAUCCCUAACCCGAACCCUAUUCCUCAAACAAUCCCAACCCCAGAAACGCAGACAACCAACACAGGAGAUGCUAACAACAAGCUGAACCAAGCCAUGAGCGAGGAAGGUGAUUUCAGGGUGCACAUUGUUACGUGGAAUGUAGGGUCUGCUGUGCCGCCUGAUGACAUCACAUCCUUGUUCAGCCCAGGAAUUGAAAACAGGAGCACGGAUAUGAUUGUUGUUGGACUACAGGAAGUGAACUCCACUAUAAACAAACGACUCAAAGACGCACUCUCCACAGACCAAUGGAGUGAACUGUGCAUGGACACACUCAGUCGAUAUGGAUAUGUGCUGGUGGCAUUUCAGAGGAUGCAGGGUGUAUUCCUGCUGGUGUUUUCCAAAUUCUGCCACCUUCCCUUCCUCAGGGGGAUACAAACCCAGAAAACACGUACCGGCAUGGGAGGCUACUGGGGGAACAAGGGGGGCGUGAGUGCACGUAUGAUGGUUUUCGGACACCCUGUGUGCUUUCUCAACUGCCACCUGCCUGCUCACAUGAGGAACCUGGAGCAGCGGAUGGAGGAUUUCGAGAGCAUCCUACAACAGCAGCAGUUCGAGGGCGGGGCCGCUGUGGGUGUGCUGGAUCAUGACGUGGUGUUCUGGUUUGGUGAUCUGAACUUCCGAAUCGAAGGCUAUGAUAUUCAUGUGGUGAAAAGUGCUAUCGAGAAUGACAAACUGUCUCUGCUGUGGGAAAAAGAUCAGCUCAACAUGGCAAAGAAAAGCGAGUCUGUCCUGGAGGGAUUUAUAGAAGGGCCCCUCAAUUUCCCACCAUCGUACAAGUUUGAUGUGGGAACACACACUUACGACACGAGUGCGAAAAAGAGGAAGCCUGCAUGGACAGAUCGCAUCCUGUGGCGUCUGCGCAGGACGGGCUCCCCCGUGCCGUCUCAUAAUUCAGCUCUGCAGCGGGGUCUCACUUCGUGGCUGGGCGGAGUCACCCGAGUGUCCCAGCAGUUCUACCGCAGUCACAUGGGUUUUACUAUUAGUGACCACAAGCCCGUAUCCGCCCUCUUCUCAUUGCAUUUUCCCUUUAAGGUUAAUCUGCCAUUAGUAACACUGGAGGUGGAGAAGGAGUGGACCAAAUUUUCUGAUGCUACAGUCAAAUUCACAGUGGCUUCUGGGUUUCAGAGGAGCUCAUGGGAUUGGGUGGGACUAUACAAGGUGGGAUUUAAACAUCACAAGGAUUAUGCUGCUUAUGAAUGGGCCAAAUCUGAGCAUUCCACACAGGUGACAUUUUCUGAAGAGGAUUUGCCCAGAGACCCGGGAAAAUAUAUUUUGGGAUACUACAGUAACAACAUGAACAGCUUCGCAGGAGUGACUGAACCAUUUCAGGUGCACCUGCCCAUGUCCACGCCCCCUGCACCAGCAUAUCGCUCGCGCUCGGACAGCUCUGAUGUCAGCUCUGAGGAUGACAGCACGCUGGUCCUGUUGGCCCCCGUCUCUCGUAGUCCCAGUCCUGGAAAUCAAGGCGGCAAACGUCACCACCAUAAGCAUCAUCGCAGCCGCAGCCCCGCCGUACCGGCGCUCUCCGCCUCGCCUCUUCCCUCCCUCCAGUCCCUCAGCCUCUGCCCGCGACCCCGCGACGGCCACGUGCAAACCUCUUCCGGCAAUGCCAAAAAAGAGCGCUUGGUUUUUUCAGACACACUGACAUCACCCUCACUAAGCCCCCUUAGUCCACGGACCCCCUUGUCUCCCGGGUGCGGCAUCAGCGCCCCGGAAGCCCUGGUAGCAGCCAUUUUAGGAGAACACAUGUCUGCACAGAUAGGCAAAGCUGGGGAUACGGCACUAUGACAUGGCUGUCAUUCGCCUACUAUUUAUUUAUAGACUUUAUUUAGCUUGCUGUAAUGCACGUCUGUUUCAAAGGAAUUGCAUUGAAGAACGUCCAUUUCUGUGUGCAAAGGUCCUGUUAGGGAAUCUUUUCAAUUGUCAAAGGCUCAGCAGGAGUUUGUCAUGCCUUGUCAUGCUUUACACAAGUUUCCUUGUUUUUCAGUGUUUGCGUCGCCCAUAGAGAUUUAUUUGGCUGAUAAUGCUUUAUUAAUGAUAGAUUGUACAUUUGUGGCAGUAUAACUACACAUAAAGCAUUCUUUUGAUCUAAAAAGCCUUUUAUAGUGCAGGACAACCUGACUUAAGGUAAAACUGUGCUGUUAGAAUCAAAGCAAACAAUGAUGUCAGCAUUUAUCUUAGCCUUUACUAUCAACCAGCAGUCGUGGCCACUGGCCGAUAAAACGUCCGGUCCAAAAGUCUGAGACAUAAGUGGAUAUUAGUGAUUAAAAAUUUAGACUAGAAAUAGGUUUUAGGAUUUUGAUACAUUGUGACUUAAAGGGAUACUCCAGCCAUAUAUCAAAAUUACCUCAUGAUUUACUCAUCCUGAAGCAAUACGAGAUAUACAUGUCCAUCAUCUUUCAGACGAACAUAUUUGGAGUUAUUUUAGUUAAUGUUUUUGCUCUUCCAAGCUUUUAACAGUAGAAAACAGGAAUCAGGGAACAACUUCUGACUUUGUAGCCCAAAAACGUGCAUCAAUUAUUCAUAGAGAUAAUACACACAGCUUUAAGAGGUUAAAGGCGGAGUGCAAAAUUUUUGAAAGCCAAUGUUGAUAUUUGAAAUCACCUAAACUAACACGCCCUUACCCCAAUAGAAUCUGGACCUUCUUUUGAUAGA